AUGAAAUCUUAAAUUCCUUCAGCAAAAAAACCAGGAAAAUCUGUUCCUAAACCCAAAGAAAAUUUAACUGUUUAAUCUGCCAAUUCUAGAUAAGAAAUUACUAAUGAAUCUAAUGGUUUUGAAGUAUCCAAAUAAAUAUCAACAUAACCAAAUCCUUAAGAAUUAAAAAGAAAACAAAAUUGCUUAUUUGAAAUUGUAGAAAUAGCCAAUACUUUAAAAGAUGAUGACAAAGUAAAUGGACUCAUCUUUAAAUAAGUUAUUAUAUCAAUUGAAGCCAAAUUAACAGAAUUUUAAGAAAGAUUAGAAAAUAGAGAUAAUCUUUAAGAAUUGAAUUAACAUCUUUUGAAAUUACAAAAUCUAUAAUCAAGUCCAUAUAGUCCUAAUGCUAAUCAAGCUAAUUAAAAAAAAGAAGAAUCUAAUAAUGAUACUAGCGGAUUAAUUCGUAAUUAAAGUUAAGUUUCUUUACCUUAAAACGAUAAUGCUAGUAUCUUAAGUGCUUAAGAUAAAAUUAAAAGUCCUUAAGCUAGACGUUCUGUAUCUAAAUAACCUGCAAGUAAUUAAUAUAUUUUCUACUUUUAGUUAAUUUUGGUGUCUCUACUCAAUAAGGUAUACAAGAUAAUAAUAAAAUUGCUGCCUUAGAAAAAAGACUUAGAUCUUAUGAAGAUAAUUAUAUUAAAUUAUCUAGAGAAUUUUAAGAACAAUCUAAUGCUAAUACUCAAAAGUUGGAUAAAACUAUAAAGGCUCUCAAUGAAAAAUAUUUUGCAUAUAGUACCAUGAAUUUACAAUAGCAAUUUAAUGAAAUCACAGAGAGUUAAAAGGCCCUUAUUUCACAUCUACAAUAAUAAUCUAAAGAAAUAACGUAACUGCUUCCAAAUAUAUAGUGAAACUAAUAAUGGCUUGAAUUAAUUGAAGCAAUCACAAGAUGCUUAAAUUAUAGAAGUAUUCAAUAAAAUUGAACAUGCUUUGUAAUAAAAUAAUGAAAACUUUGUUAGAAUUCAAUCAUUAUCAUCUUCCCUUUAAGCUAUCGAUGCAGAUUUUAUUGUCAUUCUCAAGUGUUACAAAGACAUAUUAAAUGAAAUCUUUAAAAUUGAUUUUUUAGAAUAAUAAUAAAAGAAAAUCAUAUGUUUACUGUAAGAUGAAUAAUGA